GUUGGCGCCAUCUUUGAUGAGAAAUAACUACAGUACGAAAGUCACGUGAUCAAAACACGAAUGUCGCAGAAUCUUUGGAAAGGGGUCUCCCCAUCCAUCGUCGGCUAAUCGAUUCAUUCUACGUUUUUACUAGGAGGAAAUCUGGCUGAAAAAUACCCUACUGUUUCCUUCAAAAAUUCAACUGUCAACUGUUUCAAUUGAAUGAUUGGUUUCAGAACAACGCCAUGAUCAAAGAUAAUCUGCCUCUAAGUACCCUAACACCCACAAGUACACUCGCCCCAUUGAGCAAAAAAUGGUACGAAGAAGUUCUCACCGCCCACAACAUAUCUACAUUACUUUUAAUCAGAGCUUAUAUAGCAGAAAAAGAUACCGGCUCUGUCGCCUACACGAUCAACAGGCGGUUAGGAUUUUGUAAAUUGAUCCAGCAUUUAUUGCAGAGUCCAGAUUUAUCAUUCGCUCAGUUCGUAUCUGUGAUAACUGAUAGUAAAUACAACCUUAGUCAGGCAGUUUUGAAUAGGUUUAAUUCUAAUGUUACCGAAGUUGUCAGUUCCGACGUGGAUAUUUUAUUAAAUUUCAUCACCGAGUCAGAACGAUUCAUCAUAGAGCCAUUACCCGGUGUUUUCAAUGCGAUUAGUAUCCAUCGAUGUUGCCCUGUCGGUGUAUUUUUUCGCAAAAUGAUCGUAUUCCUGGAUAAGCUGACAUUCUCACAAACUGUAAAAGUAUACAGACUUUACCAGCAGUACUAUUUAAUGAGCAAAGGCAGCAUUCAAGAAGAUACUUUUGCCCCGAUACCUCACAGUUCCUCUAUCAUGGCAGAUGAGAAGAAACCCCAUUCUGUGAAUAUCACCCAGCCUAACGAAUCUGAUAUGAUUAUGCAAGACAGCAAUGCCGACGGAAAUGAUAUGGAAAUCAGCGUCGCUACGCAAAGUCCUUUUACAAAUCCUAUCGUUACUUUAUUUGGAGUUAAUCCCGUACCCGAUUCUAGCGAAAAAUACGUGGAAUGUUUGUCCUGGUCGCAUCGUCAGACUGAACUAUUUUUAGCCGAACAAGCCAUGUUUUUGGAAUUCGACGAGAACUCAGCCCUCCCGCCCUUGGAAUUGCAUCGAAUAUUGAAUAGAAUUAUUGUGAUAAAUCCAGAUUAUUCUGAAGCGUAUUUCGUGAGUUAUUUGAAUUGUUUAAGAGUAAAGGAAUUCAGCGGAGCGUUGGAAAACCUUUUUCAAUUUUUUGAUAAUGUCAACUAUCAAGAUAAAGCUAAAGGAUAUCGAUACGCGGCGUUAAAUUUAGCCAUUUUAAGUGUGAAAUUUGGCAAUGUAUCUGGAGCGAUUUCAGCUCUGAAAGAAUGUAUUAUUCUGUCACACGAAACUAACGACAAUAUUUGCCUACAUAUUGCUCAAGCUUGGCUCAGAUGUUUACACGAAGACAAAAAAGUGGAUCUUAUAGAAUCGACAGUCUCAAAAUGUGAUGAAUUAGAGUUACAUCAAAUUGCUUCUUUAAGUUUACAAAUGUGUGCUCAAAAUUUUUUAAAAACUGGUCAGAAAGGCAACCAAAUUUUUAAUUUGUUGGAUAAAAGUGACGGGAUUAAUUCUCAACGUACGUUAUCAGAUUUGACACUGACAAGUGUAUCGCAUCGAGCAGCCAUCUGGUGUAGUUAUGGCCAGUAUAAUAUUGCUUUUUUGAUUAGCCAAAUUUUAUUGAAUAUCGAUACCACUUAUGCAAUUUUCGGAUUAACCACCUAUAAUACCGAAGGCGUUUGUGCGUGUAUUUGUAAUGUUGCUGGAUUUUUAUCAAACGUGGGAAAAUAUCAAAUAGCCAAAAUGGUUUUGACUCAUGCUAAAGACAGAUUCCCUCAUGAAUAUUCUACGUGGUGGAAAAUGAGCGAACAACUCUUGUAUUUUGAAUAUUCGAUGCAUUUAAAUUUAUGGAAUGACGCUCAUAAAGCUGCUUGUCAAAUUGCCACUGUCGAUAAAAAAGAAAGUUUGUUAAGACUAGCCGAAUUAUCUUUGGAAAAAGGAGAUCGGACCGGUGCAGCGAAACGUAUCGACGACAUUUUAUCUAACCACGGCGAUAAGAAUAACCACGAAUCCGAUCUCAGCCCUCAUUAUCUUCUACGUGCCUAUCUAAUCGGAGCUCGCGCCAAGAAAGGAGGCGCAGCUUUCUUUAUGCUCAGAAAAGCACUCACUUACGCGAUUCGUUACGGAUAUCCGAGAUUCAAGGCUUUGAUAAAACUAGAAAUCGCUAAAUUACAACUAGAACUAGGUUACGUGAAACAAGCUUCCCAGCUGGUGGAAAAAAGCAGCGUGAUUAUAUUCUCGGAAAAUAAACUUUGCGAACAAGCUGCUGCUUUGACAUUAUUGGCUAAAUGUAACGUGGCUCUUGUGCGACAUUUGAAUAACUCGAGUCAGCAGAAAAUAGACGGAUUCAAAGUCGCUAUUAAUAAAUUGGAAAGUGCCAAAAAUUUAUACCAGAGAUUAGAAUGUAUGACAAAGGUCAAAGAUGUUGUUUAUUUACAGGUAAUAUUAUCGAAUGAAAUCGGCUGGAAUGAAGCUAGAAAUGCCUUCGCGUUAGAAUUUCGAAGAGUUGACACCGAACAAAAUCAAGCAGCGUGUUGUAGCAUCGAUUUUUGUAACAGUUUAUAAAAUUCAAUAAAAAUCGAAAUAAAAUUCGUAACGGAAUUUAUUUAAACGUUUAAAAAAAGGAAGGCAGCCACUGUGAGCAAAUAAAUAAGUUAUUAUUAA